AUGACUGUGCAACGAUAUCUCCAAAUUCAACAAGGCCAACAAAAUGGCAUCAGCAAUUCGUCGAACGGCCAGCAGCAAUCUUCGCAUCGGAAACUCGACAGGUCGCUGUCGGAGCCCAAGAGCCCCAAGGGUCAGAGCCAGAGCACGAAUUCGUCAAGAUACAAGACCGAAUUGUGCCGUCCCUUCGAGGAGAGCGGCGUUUGCAAAUACGGCGACAAAUGCCAAUUCGCUCACGGCUUCCAGGAGCUGCGAACUCUGACGCGCCAUCCGAAAUACAAGACGGAGUUGUGCUGCACUUUCCACACGACGGGCCUGUGCCCCUACGGAUCCCGUUGUCAUUUUAUUCACAAUCCGGAGGAGAAUCGUGCUAAGAUCAUGCCGUCGUUACCGAUACCGCAACCGAUGAACCAUCACAAUCAUCAAAACACUCUGAGAUCGCUCUCGAUCGGCAGCAGCGCAUCUGUCGGAUCGUCAUCGUCCACCGGGGAACUUUCUCCAUCGUCGUCUCCCGGCAUGUUCGACGACCCGUUCGCUCCCGGUGUUGCGGCCGCUGCCGCCGCUGCUGGAGUCGCGCUCCCGCAUGCGUUUUCGGCUUUCGGGUCCGAUUUCGAAAUGACAGCGCUCGCCGCAGCCUUCAGCGCCGCCGAGAACAAACAUCGAGGUCUGAAUUUGAAGAGCGUCGCGUCCGCGCCCGUCACGCCUCCUUUUGGAUCUCAGCUUAACCUACUGAGUGUUUCGUCGACGUCGUCGAGCUCUUCGUGUGGACCGUGGGGAUCUCCGACUUCCUCUUGUUCCUCGUCAUCGUCAGCAUCUUCGUCGUCGUCGUCCACUUCGUCCUCGCAAGACAUGUUCCAAUUUCCCGCGGGCGAACUUCACUGCAGCCAAGUUCAGAACAACCCUGGUCAGCUGUACGCUGACUCGGCUGCGACCCAGUCUAGUCCCGUGGACUCGCUCUCGUUUGAACUCGGAGCCAUCGCUCUGGGCACUCCGCGCACCAGAGCUAACGCCAAUUCGCCGACUCAAACCCGUCUUCCAAUUUUCAACCAGCUCGCCCACUCCGACUGA